CCAUGCAUGUGUAGUAAUACCACUAUCAGAAGCACAUGGCCGUGUGAUAGCAAAACAAAAUAUCACAGUAAAAAUCUCACAAAAAGACAAUUUGCCGCUGUGGUGCUCUGUAAAAACGGCAAUUUGGUUCUCUCUGCAACUAAAGAAGUUUGAAAUCUAAUUAUGUUUUUCAAAAUAUUUGUUCUCCUCUCCGCCAUCGUGCUGGUWGCAUCGGUCACUGAGAAUGAGAUCGACGAGUACCUAAAUGUGUGUAUCGAUUCAAAGCAUCACAAGGACAAACCAGGACGAGAAACCGGCGAAUUCAAGCACUGUAAACCGUGGAAGGACAAGGCAUGCUGUAAAUCAAACACUACAAGUCACAUAGCAAACGAUGGCGCCUUCACGUUGUAUCGUAUGAARUGGAACCAAUGUGAUGCAAUAAAGCCAAUGUCUGYKCAGUGUAAACGAUUCCUUGAGAUGGACACUUGUUUSUAUGAGUGCUCACCCAACAUGAGUCCUUGGAUUGUGGAAGUGAAGAAUAGUAAAACAAGACGCCAAAAGUUUUCAAACGUGCCUUUGUGCGCUUCUGACUGCGAUGCUUGGUUUGAAGCCUGCAGGGAUGAUUACACGUGCUCAGAUAACUGGGGCAACACAAAAACCUGGAAUUGGACAAAAACUGGCAAUGAAUGCAAGAAACCGUGUAAGACAUUCAAGGACUAUUACAGUGAUCCCAUCACAUUUUGUGAUAGACUUUUCAAUUAUUCAUUUAAAUACACUAGUGGAAAGCCUGGAGAAGACUGCUUGCAAAUGUGGCCAAACACCAGUCUGAGUAAAAAUUCACAAGUUGCAAGAAAAUUUGCAAGAAARGCUUUAAGCAUCUCUGCAGGAGCCUCAAAUAUAGUUUGUGGUACAGCCAUUCUUCUCUCAGCAGGAGUCAUAGGAGUUGUAAUCAAUGUUUUUGGUUKACUAUUGUGAGCACAGUUUCUGCAUUUGACAGGUUUUUAUGCCUAAAARGUUUCUUAUAGUGAAAAUGAACUCUGUGUGCAUGAAAUURCUAUCAUGUUUUGAUUAUGUAUUUUCCAUCAUUGCAAGGGGUUUGGCCAGCACCUUAGAGUUCAGCGUGGAUAUCAGUAAUAAGAUAUGUAAGCUUUCUUUUCUGGUUUCCUGUCAAUCCACCAAACAUUACAUAACAUUGUUCAAAUGUUGUCAGGUUAUCUGGCUGGUAUUUACCCUUUGAAAACUGAGAGUGCAAGAAUUUGUUUGGAACCAGCAGGUGCCGUGAAUGUAUCUAAAAAUACACCUUUAUCAUAAUGGCCACCAUCUAAUUAAAAUUAAAUUUUUUAAAUUUUUAAAAUUUAGAAUUUUAGUCAAAGUAAACUAACAGCUGAUAGGAACCUAU